AUGGCCCAAGCCGAGCCUAUUGCCAUUGUUGGCAGUGGAUGUCGUUUUGCAGGGGGUGUCGACUCGCCCUCGAAGUUAUGGGAGCUCCUCCGCGAGCCUCGCGACAUUCGUCGAGAAAUUCCGCGCGAACGAUUCAGUGUUCAAGGAUUUUAUCACCCCGAUGGUGCUUACCACGGCCACAGCAAUGUUCAGCAUGCCUAUCUGUUGGAACAAGAUCCAAGUCACUUCGACACUGACUUUUUCGGAAUCAAACCAAGUGAAGCGAAGUCGAUGGAUCCUCAGCAGCGCAUACUCAUGGAAACUGUGUAUGAGGCAAUUGAGGCAGCCGGAAUGACCAUCUCAGGCCUCAAAGGCAGUGAUACAUCCGUUUUUGCUGGACUCAUGACGAACGAUUACGGCAUGUUGCUGACGCGCGAUCUCGCACAUGUGCCAACGUACCAUGCUACUGGGAUUUCCUCGGCCAUCGUAUCCAACAGAGUCUCGUACUUUUUCGACUGGCACGGACCUUCGAUGACAGUCGACACAGGUUGCUCUGCAAGUCUGGUCGCUCUACACUUAGCAGUCCAAUCACUCAGAAACGGUGAAUGUGGAAUGGCCCUAGCCUGCGGUACCAAUCUGAUCCUUGGUCCUGAAUACUUCGUCAUCGAAAGCAAGCUCAAGAUGCUUUCUCCAGAUGGUCAGAGUAAGAUGUGGGAUCAAGAUGCCAACGGUUACGCACGUGGGGACGGUGUGACGGCUGUGGUUCUGAAGACCUUGAGCGCAGCUCUUGCUGAUGGUGAUCAUAUUGAGUGUAUCAUCAGGGAAACCGGUCUCAACCAGGAUGGCGCAACUCCAGGAAUAACAAUGCCUAGCGCAAGUGCUCAGGAAGCUCUCAUUCGAAACGUCUACGCCAAAGCUGGUCUAGACUUACGAUCCGACACCGAUCGUCCUCAAUACUUCGAAGCUCACGGUACGGGGACUCCGGCUGGAGACCCAAUCGAAGCCAAUGCAAUCCAAGAUGCCUUUUUCAGAGAGCCUUUGCAUCCUACUAACGGCAAGUCCGACGUUGAGGAACACCCUUUGUAUGUUGGCUCCAUCAAGACGGUACUCGGACAUACGGAAGGGUCGGCCGGAAUCGCAGCAAUUCUGAAGACAUCGCUGGCACUGCAAAACGCGACGAUUCCGCCAAAUCUCUUGUUCAACCAGCUCAGUGAUCGCGUGGCUCCCUUCUACAACGGUCUCGAGAUUGCCAGGUCUGCGAAGCCCUGGCCUAAGCUUGCACCAGGGCAAGUAAGACGAGCGAGCGUUAAUAGCUUCGGCUUCGGUGGAGCGAACGCACACGCUAUUCUUGAGAGCUAUGAACCUCCAUAUCAUAAUGGAUACUCGGCCCACGAUCUUCGCCUCUUCACGCCAUUUGUGUUUUCAUCUUCUUCCGAGAAACUCCUGUUGGCGACCUUGCAGGCAUAUGGUAGCCAUCUCUCCGAGUCGCCAGAUGUCAACGUGGGUGAUUUAGCCUGGACUUUGCGCCAAAAACGAUCUCUCCUGCCUUAUCGUCUCUCGAUCACGGCGGAUUCAAUCCCCGACCUUGCUUCCAAAAUCCAAACCCGGUUAGAACAAGAUGGCCCAAGUGUUGGUGUUCGAGCAUUGCCGAUCAGUACGCCUGGAGCCAGACACCAGAUUCUCGGAGUGUUCACAGGUCAAGGUGCCCAAUACGCUCGCAUGGGAGCUGAGUUGAUCGAACAGUCCUUGAUAGCCAGAACCAUAAUCGACGGCCUGGACCAGAUGCUCUCGGAACUUCCAUUGGACGACCGACCCACUUGGUCUUUGCAAUCCGAGAUCCUUGCCAGUGCUGAGAAAUCGCGAACUCACGAAGCCAGGAUAUCGCAACCUGUCUGUACUGCUGUUCAGAUAAUGGUCGUGGACUUGCUUCGACACGCUAAAGUGGAGUUUGCCGCCGUCGUCGGUCAUUCUUCUGGUGAAAUUGCGGCGGCCUAUGCAGCUGGUUUUCUCACAAUCCGUGAAGCCAUCUAUAUCGCUUACUACAGGGGCUUACACCUUGGCUUGGCUUCAAGCCCCCGUGGACCGAAGACACGCGGAGCAAUGCUGGCUGUGGGCAGCUCGAUGAAAGAGAUGAGCGAGUUAUGCAACUCUGAUAGAUUCGCCGGACGGAUCUCGAUUGCAGCCAGCAAUUCAUCUUCAAGCCUUACUAUCAGUGGCGACGAGGACGCGAUCGACGAAUUGAAAAGGAUGCUCGACAGAGAGGCGAAGUUCAAUAGACGCCUAAAGGUUGACAAAGCCUAUCACUCCGCGCACAUGAAGCCGUGCUUUGAACCCUACGUCGCUUCGCUCAACGCCUGUGCGAGGACGAAACAGACCCAGAAGCCCAACACCCACUGUCUGUGGUUUUCCAGUGUAUAUGACGAAGCUAUUGAUCCACUCCAGGGUGUAACCGCAGCUUACUGGGCAGAGAAUAUGACGAAGCCGGUUCUCUUCUCACAAGCUCUCACACGCGCCACCAUUCAGUCAACGUUCGAUAUCGCUCUCGAAGUGGGCCCGCAUCCAGCUCUUGCCGGUCCUGCCAGUCAAACAAUUGGAGAAGUUCGUCCGUCUGACAACGCCAUUCCUUAUCUUGCAAUGCUUCGUCGCGGUACCUCUGCACUUGACGCAUUCUCUACCGGCCUGGGUGAGCUAUGGUCACGGCUCGAUCACAGUGCUAUCAAUCUCGAUAGCUACGAGAGAGCCCUUCACGGAGGGAAGCUUAACGUCUCAGUGGUCAAAGGGCUACCUUCCCGCCCAUGGGACCACUCUACGAAGCACUGGCACGAAGCACGAGCUUCUCGAAACAUGAGGUUGCGGACACAGAGAGUCCAUCCGCUUCUAGGCGAUGCGACACCUGAUAGUACGCCUCAUCACCUUAGCUGGCGAAACCUACUGCGCAUCAAAGAGAUGGAAUGGCUUUCAGGCCACGAGAUCCAAGGGCAAGCGGUCUUCCCGGCUGCAGGCUACAUCUGUUCGGCUCUAGAAGCCUCACGCCUACUCGCCGAUAAACGGAACAUUCUUCUGCUCGAGCUUCAAGACUUUGCGAUCCAUCAAGCUGUUCCUCUGCCUGCAGACGACGCAGGGGUUGAGGUUUUGAUCGAGUUAGCAGACGUCUCCACCUCCCGGGCUGGGUGUGUAGAGGCCGUGUUCACGUACUCUGCUGCUCUCGGGGCUGACGCAGAAGACCUCACACUCGCCGCAAGUGCGAGGGUCACUGUUAAGUUUGGUACCCCUUCUACCUCGACUCUCCCGGGAAGCUCUACCGGCGCUAAGCUUACACACGCCACUAAUGUUGAUGUGGAAGAUUACUACUCAGCUUUGGCCAAACACGGGUACAACUUCAGUGGUCGGUUUUGCUCUCUGUCGCAGCUCACAAGAAAACACCGGAUAUCUUCAAGCUUAGUGAAGAUAGACCCUUCCCAGGACGGGGAUGCGUCAUUGUUACUCCAUCCGGCAGAGCUUGACGCCGCUUUCCAAGCCAUCCUUUUAGCCAUUAGCUAUCCAAAUGAUGAACAGCUUCACACGCUUCAUCUUCCAACCCAGGUCCGCCACAUUCGAGUCAAUCCAGCUUUGUGCAACACUUCAGACAUGAGAGAAGCACGUUUCGCUCCCAUCGAGGGUCGGCUUGUGGAUGUUGGAGUUGAUAGUGGGAUUGUAGGAGAUGUGUACUUCUACUCGGACAGCUCUCCCGAUGCAGCUAUGAUACAGCUACAGGGCGCAAGGCUUGUACCACUGGGUGGAUCAGCCUCCAUUGAAGAAGACAAACAGCUCUACUCAACCGUUCACUGGAUAGACAGCGGGCUCGACGGCAUUAGUCAUACGCGUGUACACCCAGACCAGAGCGAAAUGAUGAAGGCGUUGGAGCGACUAUCAACAUUUUACCUCCGGCAGAUUGAGCAAGAACUUCCCGCAGAUUCCCCUGCUCGAUCAGAACGUCCGAUCAGUUUCUACCUUGACCAUGCUCGACGUACAACAUCUCUUAUUGACAAUGGGAAGCACGGCUGGGCAAACAAGGACUGGAAAGACGACACUUUGCACAGCGUAAUGGAUGCGACCACGACGUUCCAGAAGUUACCUGAUGUGCGUCUCAUGCAUUUGGUGGGACAGUCCAUGCCACGUGUUCUGGCAGGGAAGACCACGAUGAUGGAAGAAUUUCGCCGGUCCAAUCUACUUCGCGAAUACUACGCUCAUGGUGCUGUGACACAAGCAUCAGCUUCCUGGAUCGUCGAUAUGAUGAAGCAGAUUGUGGAUCGCUACCCUCAUCUGAACAUCUUGGAAAUUGGUGCUGGUGCAGGACAGUCUGUGACGGAAAGAAUACCUCAGGCCAUCAACAGUACUCUGUUCAACUACACGUACGCGAACAUUUCUGGAUCGAUUCAGAAGGAUGGAUCAGCAUUCUUCUCUGAGCCAAACGACCCUAAGCCCGUGAAGAUUUUCGAUGCCGAAGCGGAUCCUGCUAGUCAAGGUUAUGUCGAAGGCUCAUAUGAUGUCGUCAUCGCAUUCUGGGUCAUUCAUGCGACGACAAACUUGGAGCUCACCCUGCGCAAUCUCCGAAGGCUGCUGAAGCCUGGUGGAUAUCUCAUCAUCGCUGAGGGUGGCUACAAUAGCAGCAGUGGUGAUGGCGGCCUCAAUUUCAUCUUCGGGACGCUUCCCGGAUGGUGGCUCGGAGCUGACCAAGGACGCGUAUUGUCACCGUACUUGUCCAUGGCCGAAUGGAAGCAAUUGCUGGAGGCAACCGGAUUCUCGGGUAUCGAAGUGUCACCUCCAACUGAGCUGGCAGAGACGUUUGGCGUCGCAACGUUUGUUUCCCAAGCUGUUGACGAUCAAAUGAGCUACCUCAGGGACCCCAUUGGUUCGGCGUCUGCAGUCUCUCCAGUAGAGGACCUGGUUCUCAUUGGCGGACGUACUCAUCGAAGCGCACAUCUUAUGGAUGGUCUCCAGCAAUACUUCUCAACUUCCGUGGCCCAACUUCGUGUGUUUGGCACUCUCGAGGAGGUUGAUCAUGUCACUCUUAGCCAAGCGACUACGAUGGUGAGCUUGACGGAGCUCGACGAGCCAGUGUUCCUUGAUAUGACGGCUGCAAGAUUCGACGCAUUCAAGACUCUGUUCGGAACUGGAAAGACUCUUCUUUGGGUCACAAAUGGUCGACUGACAGAUGAACCCUAUGUCAACCUCACGCUGGGAUUCGGAAGGACGGCCGUGGUUGAGACACCAGAUUUGCGCUUGCAGCAACUGGACCUUGAGGAUCCCCAAACUACGGAUCCUCUCCUCAUUGCUAAGACCCUUCUACGCUUUGUGCAAGCGGUUCCAGAAUCAGCUUUGUGGUCUGUUGAGCCAGAAAUCGUCGUUGACUCCGCGGGCCGCGAGUUGGUGCCGCGUCUGAGGCCAAUACCUGCCCUCAACGAUCGCUACAAUUCUUCAAAGCGUAGGAUCGAGCGCAAAGUCGGAUUGGAGGAAUGCCUCGUGUCACUCGAGGUGACUGACGAAGGGUAUACCGCCAAAGUGAACGCAAAUCACACCCCGGAUGCGGGCGCAGACUUAGCUCGUGCUUUUCUCAACCUCAAGACACUAUACACCUCGACAAACGCCAUUAAGACUACCGUCGGUCACAAGUUCAUCGUUCUGUGUCAGGAUCCCACUACCCAUUUUAUGGUUCUGGCGCUCGUGCCGUCAUUGGCUUCGACGUAUCGUCUUCCAGUGGAGUCAGUAGUCCUUCUUGGUACAUCGUACGAUGCAACCUUCCUUAGCCACCUAGCAGCUCACCUAAUCUCCGUUUCCAUUUUGGAUACGGUUCGUGCAGGUCAGCUUGUUGCCCUUCACAACGCUAAGGAUCCGCUCGCUACCGCGAUCAAAGUUCAGGCGUCUUUCCGAGGCAUUGAGCUACUCUUUACAGCCGAUUCUACUGUGACCGAUGCAGUCGAGCCAAAUCUGAGGCUUCCCCCGUACAUGACUCAGUCAGAGCUUAACCACCUGUUACCAGGAGAUAUCUCACUGUUCGUCGGGCUUUCAAAUUCGGCAGAGGUUCGAUGGCUCAAUGAAGAGACAAUUAUGUCGAAUCUCCCGACACACUGUCGACGAGAGACCGUGAAGACCCUCAGUGCUCGCCAGGGCCUUUCGAGUACGACAGGCACCGCAGAAGCCAUCCGCACCGCCCUGAAGCACAUCGGAACAAACCUGAUCACUGGACUACCCACCACCAUUACCGUCAGCAGUCUACUUGAGCCUGAUCAUGUGUUGGAAGAUCCUCUAACAGUCGUUGACUGGACAGCCCAUACGCCACUUUUGGCCGCUGUUACUCAACUCGACGCUCAGCAGAUGUUUGAUGACAACAAGACGUAUUGGAUUCUUGGCUUGUCGGCCGCCCUGGCGGUCUCCCUCUUCGACUGGAUGAUUGAGAAGGGCGCGAAGAACCUCGUCUUCACCAGUCGAAGGCCCCAGCUCGAGGAAGCAUGGAUUGAGUCACACAAGAGCCGUGGCGUUCGGGUAUUGGCGUUGCCUUGUGAUAUUACAAACGAAGACGCCCUGAAGACAGCACAUUCAACCAUAUGUUCCAGCUUGCCUCCUGUUGGCGGCAUCUUGAACGGCGCUGCGCUAUUCCGAGACACGUCGAUUUCCAACAUGUCUUUGGACCAACUCUACGACGUCCUCCGUCCCAAGGUGUUGGGUAGUUUGUAUCUGGACCAGCUCUUUUACGACCAGCCUCUGGACUUUUUCAUACUUACCGCCUCCAUCACCGGUCUUCUCGGCAGUGCAGGGCAAGCAAACUACACCGCCGCUAACCAGUUCCUGUGUGGUCUGGCUGGGCAGCGCAGAAAACGCGGAUUGGCCGCUACUGCAAUCAACCUAGGAGCCAUCGCUGGAGUAGGAUUGCUAGAGCGGGAGGACAAGAAGGUCCUGGAGUCUAUCAUGCAGAGACUGUCGCUCAUGCCGGUGUCGGAAGGCGACUUCCAUCAAAUCAUUGCAGAAGCCAUUGAGUUUGGACGCCCAGAUUCUUCCCUUCAUGGGCCGGAGCUUACUACAGCUCUUCGUGCCAUUUCAAGGGAUACGCCCAAUCCGCCUGCAAUCUUCACCAACCCUCUGCUCUCACACUAUCUUUCGGCUGAGUCGGACGACAAGGGGGCAAGGGGACCAAAAGGCGCUAAGCCAAUCAAGGAGCUGCUUGCAGAGUGCGAGACGGAAGAGGAGCUGCAGAACAUUGUGAAGGGGGCGUUCUCGAAUGAGCUGCGCAAGACUUUACAAUCCACUAGUAGCGAUGACGACCUCAUGGAAAUGCGGAGUGCCGAUCUGGGCAUUGACUCUCUCGUUUCCAUUGACCUCCGGACGUGGUUCACCAAGAACCUCAAGGUCAAUAUGCCAGUGUUGAAGAUCCUGAGCAACGAUACCAUCAUCAGCUUGGUUCUGUUCGCCGCAGAAAAUGUUCCCUCGGAGAUGGUACCAAACAUCGCCAGCAGGGCCGCUUCGAACGCACACUCGGACGGCAACGGCACGGUCAACGGCAAUGGCGCACAUGCGAAUGGUGCCGAACUGGACUGGGAUGUCGAGACUUCUCCGCCAAGUGACCUAGCCGAAGCCGCCACGGCUGCUGCCGUGGGAAUUACGGCUAAUCCCGAUCCGAGCACCGUACUCCUUACUGGAGCCAGUGGCUUAUUAGGGCACCAUAUACUCACAGCACUGUUAGAGCAAACAUCAGUCAAGAAGAUUAUCUGUAUUGCAGUGCGACGACUGCAGGAGAGGUUGGACAGUGGGGAGCUUCCAACUGACAAGCGCAUCGUGUACCACCAAGGCGAGCUUGACGCGCCCCGUCUCGGGCUCUCCCAAGAAGAAGCAGCGACAAUCUUUGGAGAGAUCGGAGCAGUUAUCCACAACGGCGCCGACACUUCCCAUCUCAAGUCGUACUAUGACUUGCGCCCCGCCAACGUCGACUCCACGAUCGAACUCAUCCGCUGGUGUCUGCCACGCAAGAUCCCCAUGCACUUCGUGUCUUCCAAUGCGGUGGGUCGGUACUCCAACAAGGAGGAAAUCGGCGAGGUUGCUAUCAACUCACCCCGCUCACCGAAACCACCAGCGGAUGGCUCGUCAGGAUAUCGCUCAACCAAAUGGGUCGCUGAGGGGCUGCUUGAGAAGGUGUCUGACACUUACGCCCUCCCAAUCUGGAUACACCGUCCCUCGACUAUCAUUCGUACCGGCAAGGACGCCGAAGGUCUCGCUGCCCAGUUGGACUGGAUGAAUGCCCUGAUUCAGUACAUGGACAAGCUGUCGGCAGUCCCCAAACUCAAUCACGUCACUGGUUUUCUGGAUCUCGUACACGCACGAACUGUAUGUACUGGCAUCGUGGAUCAUGUCAUAGGAGGGAAUGAACGUGUUACAGGAGGAAAGGUUAGAUAUGUACACCAUAUGGGCGAUCUCCUGCUUCCGCUUGCGAGACUGGAAGCAAUUGGCGAAGGAUCAGGCAAGAAGUUCCGACAACUGCCGAGAGAGGAAUGGACGUCCGAGGCUGUCACCGCUGGAAUGCACCCAGCUGUCGUGGUCUUGCUCGAGAUGAUGGAUGCGCCUGGUUUGAAGGGGCCGCCGCUUUUCGUCAAAGGUCCUGGUUCACCCCACGAACCUUGACCAGUGGCAUGACGUUACGAUCUACGCUACUUCGCUACUAAUUUUCCAUAUUGGAUGCUCUACUCUAAGUUCCUUCAAAGACCUAUAAACAUGGCAAAGCUCACAACAUGUACUGUUUCGCAUACUUCGAUCGCUG